AUGGCUAGCGACGAUGAGUACGAAAUCGAGGGCCCUGAACUCGCUGAAGAUGAUCCCAUGAGAGCGUUUCUCCCUGCCUCCUUCGGAAAGAAGUCGAAGGAGGCUGAUAUUGCAGCCCAAAUCGACCGCAGCCGGAGAAUAGUGGAUAAGCCACCAGCGACUGGCAGCAAGGAUGGCGAUAGGACACAAGCACAGGAGUCAAAAGGGAAGGGCGACUCGAGCGACGACGACGACGAUAGCGACGACUCAGAUGAGUCCGACGACGAAGACGAAUUCCCAGUAUCGCACGAACUUGUUUUGAAGACGCACGAGCGCGCUGUCACCACAGUCUCUCUAGACCCUGCUGGUGGCCGAUUGGCGUCUGCCUCCCUAGACUGUACUGUCAAGCUCCACGACUUCGCCUCGAUGACGCCGACGACGCUCCGCGCAUUUCGCAGCGUUGACCCUUUUGUGUCCAAGAGAACUGCUGCUAGCGCAGAAGCCCACCCCAUCCACCUGGUUGAGUUCAACCCGCUGUCGGGCGGAGCAUUUCUAUGCGUGUGCGCCCACCCUCAGGCAAGGAUCAUGUCGCGAGAUGGAGAUAUCUUGACCGAGUUUGUGAAGGGAGACAUGUACCUUCGUGAUAUGCACAACACGAAGGGACACAUCUCCGAGAUUACAACUGGCACUUGGCAUCCCACGGAUAAAAACCUCUGUGUCACGGCAGGAACUGACAGCACGCUGCGAAUCUGGGACAUUAACAAUAAACGUUCCCAGAAGGAAGUCAUUGUCUUCAAGUCAAAGGCCGCCGGCUCUGCUGGGCGUACCAAAAUGACCGCUGUCGCAUGGAAAUUGUCUGCGCAAGGAAGCAAUGUGCUGGUCGGCGCUGCCCUCGACGGCUCGCUGGUAAUGUAUGGCGGUAACGGGCCAUUUACGAGACCGGCGGGUGAGAUCAAGGAGGCGCACAAGCCCCAGACCUGGACAAGCGGCAUCGACAUUUCUUCCGAUGGCCGUAUGGUAGUUACGAGGGGCGGCGAUGAUUUGAUCAAACUAUGGGAUACCCGAAAAUUCAACAAACCACUCGUCACAGUAUCGCACACAUCAACUUCGGAUAGCUAUCCAACUAGCAACAUUCGAUACGCACCCAACUCGACCAGCAUCAUCACUGGCUCAGCCACGGGCCAUCUCCACAUCCUGAACCCGGGCAAUCUUCAGCCAGAACACGUCACUCCGAUCACGCCGGGUUCAGCUUUGAUUGCUGUGGACUGGCAUCCUAAGAUUAACCAGAUUGUUACAGGCUCAGCAAACGCCGAGACGCACGUCUUGUACAACCCGACCAUGUCUUCCCGCGGUGCUGUAGAGGUCAUGUCGCGAGCGCCGAAGAAACGCCAUAUUGACGAUAGCCCUGAGUUUACAAUGGACCAAAACGUUGGCAUAUCAGGCGACUCCAUCGUUGUCCCCGGCGCGAUGGGCGGCGGGCGCAAAGCCGGAGUCACGGGUACAGGCAAAUCGAAAGACCCUCGACGACCCGAAGUCCCGCUACAGACGCCCUUUCAGAAAAGCCAGCCAGACGAGAAGCACAUUGCGCAGAACAUUCCUCUGGCUAAGAUGCUGCACGAGGAUCCGCGUGAAGCAUUGUUGAAGUAUGCUGACAAGGCCCAGAGCGACCCCAUGUUCACGAAGGCCUGGAGUAAGACACAGCCGCAGACGCAGUACGCCGAGCUCAGCGACGACGAAGAGGAAGGCCCAGACAAGAAGCGUGCAAAGCGAUGA